AAGUGAUAAUUCAUGCCAAGGGAGGGUACAACAACUCAGUACAGUGAGAUUUUAAAAUCAAUAACUAUCCAGGAUGGGUUAAACUAGUUCACUCUCUAUAUAUACAUGAAAUCAAAUAGCUUCGUCGAUCCUAAUCAUCUGCUAAUUGAUUUCUAAUUUUCCUCAACUAACAAUUAUCACUAACCACCCAAAAAAUUUGAAAUGUUCCUGAGACAUUACACAUCUGAAUCACCAUUCAGGUCCAUUCUCCCUUCAAAUCUCAUUCUCCGCCGCCUCUUCAGUUUCAAUCCAAACGACGACGUAAACAAAGUUUUCAACAUUCUCAGCAACUCCUCUUCACCCGAACACCUACAACAAACCCUAAAAUCAAGCGGAAUUUUCCUCUCAAACGAAUUAAUCGACCAAGUUCUCAAAAGGGUUCGAUUUGGCCACGCAAACCCUUCUCAAACCCUAGAGUUUUUCAAUUACACAGGGAGAAGAAAAGGGUUUUACCACACCGCGUUUUCACUCGACACCAUGCUCUACAUUCUUGGUAGAAGCCGCAUGUUCAACCAUGUUUGGGAUCUCUUAACCGAAGCGCGACGAAAAGACCGAACCGUUAUAACCCCUAGAACCGUUAUGGUUGUGUUGGCUAGAGUCGCUAAAGUUUGCUCCGUUAAACAAACGGUUGAAUCGUUUAGAAAGUUCAAGAAAAUUGUACCCGAUUUCGGUACCGAUUGUUUCAAUUCCUUGUUAAGAACUCUUUGCCAAGAGAAAAGCAUGACGGAUGCUAGAAAUGUUUAUCAUAGUUUGAAGCAUAGUUUUCAUCCAAAUUUGCAAACCUUUAACAUUCUUUUAUCUGGGUGGAAAACCCCUGAAGAUGCUGAAUCGUUCUUUAAGGAGAUGAAGGAAAUGGGGGUUGAGCCUGAUGUUGUAACUUAUAAUAGUUUGGUGGAUGUUUAUUGCAAAGGUAGGGAAAUUGACAAGGCUUAUAAGGUGUUUGAUGAAAUGCGUGAACGAGAUUUAUCGCCUGAUGUGAUAACUUAUACUUGUAUCAUUGGUGGGUUGGGUUUGAUUGGUCAGCCUGAUAAGGCUAGAGAUGUUUUGAAGGAAAUGAAGGAGUUUGGUAUUUACCCUGACGUUCCGGCGUACAAUGCUGCCAUUAGGAAUUUUUGCAUUGCAAAGAGGCUUGGUGAUGCUUAUGAUUUGGUGGAUGAGAUGACGAACAAAGGUUUAAGUCCAAAUGCAACUACUUACAAUUUGUUCUUUAGGAUUUAUUACUGGUCCAAUGAUUUACCGAGUUCAUGGAGCUUAUAUAAGAGAAUGAUGGUUGAAGGAUGUCUUCCAAAUACGCAGAGUUGUAUGUUUUUAAUAAGGUUGUUAAAGAAACAUGAAAAGGCGGAGAUGGCAUUGCAGUUGUGGGGUGACAUGGUGGAGAAGGGUUUUGGGUCUUAUACUUUGGUUUCUGAUGUGCUGUUUGACUUGCUUUGUGAUAUGGGAAAAUUGUUGGAAGCAGAGAAGUGUUUCUUGGAGAUGGUUGAGAAGGGGCAGAAGCCAAGCAAUGUUUCAUUUAGGAGAAUCAAGGUUCUCAUGGAACUAGCAAAUAGACAUGAGGCUAUUCAGAACUUGACGCAGAAAAUGGGCGUGUUUGGGCAAACACUCCAAGUUCGUGAAAAUGUUAUGACACCAGUAGUAGAAAUGAGGGAAUUGGAUAGCCAAGAAAAUAUUUAAAUGAAUCAAGUUUUGUCAGCCAAAUAAAUGACGAUAGAUUUUGUACACUAAUUGUAAUACAUUUUGCACAAUAGAACUGAAUUCAGGAAACUCAGGCUUCAACUUAAAACAUGUUUGUUAUGCUUUGAAGGCCAGGAAAUUAAGAGCCGUUUCUACUUCAAUUUUGAUAUUUGCUAUUGACCUCAUGGCAUCGAGUUUCCAUUCAAAGGGUUUGACCUUUAAGGGUCAACUUCUCAUCUGGAAUUUUGAUCGCAAUUUUGUAAGAUUUGCACGAAAAGGAGAAAGGUAAAGUAGGCUUGUUGUGGGAUUUAGAUUAUCUCCUUUUAUCUCACUUUGUGAUGUUCAUAUAUACAAAAAUAAUUUUUAUGGAUUUAUAUGGAAAAAAUAAAAUUGAAUAAAUCAAUGUUUUUGUAUCUAUGAUUCACAACAUAGAGAAAAUGAAAGAAUUAAAAGAUGAUCUUAAUCCCUUGUUGCGACAUAAGGUUAUGCCUGUAUUGAAACUAUCAAUUUUAAUUAGCAAAAUUCAAUAUUGUUUUAUGCUUUCAUGCA